UCACCACUUUUCUAUUUCCUGAACUCUGACCUCUGAGCUUGACGGCGUCGGAUCCCGUUCGAAGGAGCUUUUUAGAAAACGAAUGCACGCCUUCAGAUGAAUGUCCGCAGAGGCUGUUGGAUUAGUUUAGCAGCAGCCACACUCUCAGUAAAACGAUUUUGCAGACGCAGCGGCUGCUGUCACGUGUUGUCACGUGUUAUAUGACCCGCAUGUGUUACUCGGUGUCGGGAUUUGUUGUGCUACAAGCUAGUUAGCUGUUAGCCGGCUAGCUAGCAAGCUACCUUGCUAGCAGGCUGUUCCCACUGACAGCGCUAAUUUAAAAAAAAAACGCGUCGCUGUCAAGUCGGAAUAACAUCCGGCUUUAGAAAUUAGCGUAAAUCAGAUGAGCGUUCGCCAGGACUCAAGCGCGUCCCUCCGGGGACCAUGUUUUCCACUUGAGUUUCACAAAGUAACGGAACUAUCCGCCCGUUAAGUGAUACAUGUGAACCAGCUAGCCCGAGUUGGCCGGCUCGCAGCGACCCGUCUCCACCGUCCACGUCCGAAGGAGCCGGCGGGUGGAGGGCGUCCUCCGGCGAGCUAACUGUUCUCCCAUCAGCUAGCCCGGGCUGUAGUGACGACACCCUUUUCCUUCUGACAAAAGUUUGUGUCUACGGCAUUAACGACAAUGGCGAACGUUACGGACCUGCAAACGAAAUACAGCAAGCUGGCGCAGGAGUACUCAAAGCUCCGUGCCCAGAACCAGGUUCUGAAAAAGGCAGUUGUGGAUGAACAGGCCAACUCUGCCUCAUUUAAGGAGCAGCUUAAGCAGAGGGACCAGAGCCUAAGGAAGCAGGAGCAGGAGAUGGACAGUCUCAGCUUCAGGAACCAACAGCUGGCCAAAAGGGUGGAGCUGCUUCAAGAGGAGCUAGCUGUCCGUGAAGCCAAGGGCAAAAAGGGGAAGAGCAAAGCAGACUCUCCGUCGCAGCAUGAGACUCAGAGUGUUUUUGACGAGGAUCUGCAGAAAAAGAUAGAAGAAAAUGAGCGACUUCAUAUCCAAUUCUACGAAGCAGACGAGCACCACAGGAAGCAGGAGGCUGAGCUGACGACACGACUACAGGAUCUGGAAAAAGACUCCGAGCAACACCGGGCUGUUGUGGAUGGCCUCACCGCCAAAUACAUGGAAACCAUUGAGCGUCUGCAGAGUGACAAGGCCCGUUUAGAGGUGAAAACUCAGACUCUGGAGAGGGAAGCUAAGGAGUGCAGAAUGCGAACAGAAGAGUGUCAGCAGCAGGUGAGACGCUGCCAGUCGGAGCUGAAUAUACACGUGAAACAAAGCAGCAGUGUUAUCCAGGAAAAAGUGCCCUUCAAUGACACCAAAUUUGCUGCCUACAACAGCCUAAAUGUGCCGCCACACAAUCGAAGGCACCAGCUUAAAGCCCGGGACGUGGCAGGUCAGGCCCUGAGCUUUAUUCAGGACCUGGUGGCUGCUCUGUUAAACUUCCACUCGUACACAGAGCAGAGAGUGCACAUAUAUCCCCUGGACUCGUCCAUAGAGCCCAUCUCCCCUCUAAACCAGAAGUUUUCUCAGUACCUACAUGAGAAUGCAGCCUAUGUGCGCCCCCUGGAGGAAGGCUUUCUACAGUUGCACCAAAGCAUCACAGAGGACACCGUGACCGUGCUGGAGACUGUGGUCAAGCUGAAGAGCUUUGCUGAUAAUUUCGCCUCGUACACCAGCUUUCUGCAAAAGAUUCUUCCUUACCAGCUGAAAAGCCUGGAAGAAGAAUGCAACGCACCUCUUGGUACAGCUGCCCUUACUGCCAAAAACCAGGAGCUGCAGAGAGACAUGGAGAGAGUGACUUCUGUCUUUGAGAAGCUGCAGAGCUACAUUAAGCUUUUGGCCUUACCCAGUGUUCGGCAGAAUGCAGUGCCACAGAGCAGCACCUCAGCUGUCUUCACCCAGCUGGCGGCCGGCCUACACAGCCUUCACGAUGCCAUUAAAGAGAUGUCCAAGCACUAUAACCAGAAGGCCAGCUUGGAGCAGGAGCUCCCCACCACCACCCAGAAGCUCUGCACCACUACAGAGUGCCUGCUGGGCUCUUUGGGUUCUCUGACCAGCAGCACUGGCAAGAUUGCCACUUUCUUCAGCAACAACUUGGACUUCUUCACGUCACCAGGCUACAGUCCAAGGGGCUGCACAGUAGCACUCAACCCCUUGCAAGCAGAGAGUAUGCUGGCAAACAAAAAGAAAGCAGCUGCCUACAUCCAUGCUAUCAAACAGGACAGGCCGCAGUCUGUUCCAUACGGAGACGCCCUGUCAAACCGUCGUAUUCUCACCAGCUCCACUGAGAGCAGAGAAGGUCUCACCCAGCAGGUGCAGCAGAGCCAGGAGAAGAUUGCCCGGCUGGAGCAGGAGAAGGAGCACUGGCUCCUGGAGGCCCAGCUGGGGAAGGUGCGCUUGGAAAAGGAGAACCAGCGCAUUGCGGACCUGGAAACGCAGCUCGCCGCAGCUUUAGGGGGAAGUCCGAACUGCCAGCCAGCUGCAGCCAGCACGCUUUCUGAGAGCCACGAGGAAGCAGAGAGGGAGCACAAGGCGGCGGGGAAAGAGACAGCGCUGUGCGCCAGCCUGGUUGGCAUGUUGUGCACAACACCGACAGUUGACCAAAUGGGAGACGAGGAGUCUCGGGAGCAGCUGAUAAAGACUCACUACAUGGCCAGAGUGGGAGAGCUCACCACGCAGCUCCAGAUUUCCGACAGCAAAGCGGUGCAUUUUCACUCUGAGUGUCGAGCUUUGGCCAAGAGAUUAGCCAUUUCAGAAAAAUCCCGGGAGGCCCUGAGCGAGGAGGUCAGACUGGCUAAUCAAAACAUCACACGACUGCAGGACGAGCUGACUACGACGAAGAGGAGCUACGAAGACCAGCUCAGCAUGAUGAGCGACCACCUGUGCAGCAUGAAUGAGACUUUGAGCAAGCAGAGAGAGGAAAUCGACACGCUCAAACUGGGCAGCAAGGGAAAUGCAAAAAAGAACAAAGGUCGCUAAAGCUGCCCUUUCUCCUCUGGCUCCAUUUUGGCACCACAGAGAGCAUCUUGAGAAAAUGAUCUGGUCACCAAAGCACAGGGCGGCAAUGAAUUCUUGAGGAGGCUUGAACAUGUUUGACUGGAGAAGCCCCCAAGCCCCUCCCCCCACCUCCCUUUUUCUUCUCAUCGUUAAAACGCCACGAUUUGGAACAAAUGCUUUUUGAAACUAUACAAGAAGCUGCUGCGUGACCUUUUGGCCUCAGCAGAGUGGGAGAGAAACAACUUGCCCCUAAAGGGACAGAGGAAGAUGGACGGUGGGAACAGUCGCUGUUGGCAACGCUCACUGAAGUCAAGACUUGAAGACCAAACCCUGUUGAGCUGCGUUUGUACUUCUGCUCUAAAUGUACGUGUAAAAGAAAAUAACUGUGUUCCUACUGCCUAUCAGAGUAUAUGUUGGCGUGUGUGCGCAGGGUUGUCUCAUCGGGGCUUCACAACACGUGAUUGAUGAUUUAAGAUUUACCCGUUGACAUUUUAUAAUUAAAUAAACCAAAUUUCAGAUUAUUUGCGCAAGUGGUUUCAAGAGCCUGUAUGUCUACACAGAGCAUAACAGCCCUUACAACACAUGCAUAUAACAUAAGCUUCUGUAAAGAAGAGCUUUAAAACGGGAAUGAACAAGUAACAAGUUUGAAUUCAUUCCUCAUUUUGGAAAAUAUUAGUCUUGUGAGAUUGGAAAGGUAAGAAUAAAUGUCUGACUUGAAGCUCUGCUUAACUGUGUUUACCUAGACAAGAAGCUGAGGAUGGACAAGUCAGAGCUUGUGAAAUGGUUUCUGUCUCUGUGAAUUCGUAACAAUAGUCGUUAUCACCAAAGUGUCGAUGUGCACUAAGAAGCCUGGUGUUGUAAUAUGUAUGCACAAAAAGGGUAAAUGUGAAAUACAAAUUUCAAAUCGUGAUAUAAUUGUACUGUAUAAUUUCUGAAAAUAUAUAUAAAUCUAUUGUACAAAAGAAUUAAUUCAGAGGUUACACAUUAUUUUCUACAAAAAAAAUUGAAAACUGAGUUUUAAUUUUUCUCAUGUAAGGUCAGACAAAAGGCAAGUGUCAUUGGAGUUUUUGACCCAUAAUGCAACUGGUGCUUAGACGGCCUGAUGCAUGAGUCAUGGCAGACUGCUGUUAAAGUUUACAGUAAAGUACAACCUCUUUGCACAUAGUGAAAGCAAUGAGAAUCAGUGGUUAUUAUGAGCAGGUCCUUUUGAUCAUAACAGAUUUGCCAACAACCCCUCAACUGAUUUAUUAACACUUGUAUUCUCACAAUGUAACCUCUAAAGCACACAUAAAAAUAAAUGAAAAGCUUGUUCAACGUU